GCGCAUCCAACAUCGACCCGUUAUCAGUUAUCGCCAGUCGUGGUCCGAUCGUCACGCAGACCGGACGUAUGCGUGGAUGGGUGAACUACAGUACCCCGGCGCACCAAGCGUCGUUGAUGAUGAGAGGCAGUACCGGGCACCAUUUAGACGGGCGCCACAAUACAGAUGGCCGGCACCCCAGCCACCUCAGCCGUCAGCGUUCGCGCCAUGGAGGAGGGCCCCAGCGCCCCCGAGGCCCCCAGAUUAUAGACGCAGUGCAUCAUACCCGGGCAAACCAGAUGAGCCGUACCAGGAUCGAAGUGGACUAGACAAUAUGAGGUCACUAGAGCAUUAUCUAACCGAUAUAAUGAGAGCAGAUACGUCAGAACAUUUGAAAGUCAAGUCUCCUUUCUUCCCCGGAGUGGAAGAAGGUGGUGUUGCGAGCGGGGCUGGCGCUGGAUCGCCCUCGGGACCCGCAGACCAGACUCAGGACGUGGUGUCGAGGCUUAGUGCUGCAGGAUUAUCAAUGUGCGUCAGCGCGCUCGGUUCGCCGGCGCGUUCGUCGCCGGUGUCUGCUGGAUCUGAGCACGGGGAGAGGUUUAGCCGGAAGGUGUUCGUCGGUGGACUGCCGCCUGACAUUGACGAGGAUGAAAUCACGUCAUCGUUUCGACGAUUCGGGCCGCUGGUCGUGGACUGGCCCCAUAAAGCCGAGAGCAAGAGCUAUUUUCCGCCCAAGGGAUACGCGUUUCUGCUGUUCCAAGAUGAGAGUUCGGUAGCGGCUCUCAUGGAGGCCUGCAUCACUGAUGACGAUAAACUGUACCUCUGCGUGUCGUCGCCGACGAUCAGGGAUAAGCCGGUACAGAUCAGGCCCUGGAGGCUGGCCGACGCGGAUUUCGUACUGGACGCGAGCAUGCCAUUGGAUCCGAGGAAGACGGUGUUCGUUGGUGGUGUUCCUCGUCCGUUGAAGGCCGUGGAGCUCGCUAUGAUAAUGGACCGGCUGUACGGGGGCGUCUGCUACGCUGGCAUCGAUACUGACCCCGAGCUGAAGUAUCCAAAGGGCGCCGGUCGAGUCGCGUUCUCCAAUCAGCAGUCGUACAUCGCGGCGAUCUCUGCUCGCUUCGUCCAGCUGCAGCACGGAGACAUUGACAAGCGAGUCGAGGUGAAGCCGUACGUGCUGGACGACCAGAUGUGCGACGAGUGCGCGGGCGCGCGCUGCGGGUCGAAGUUCGCGCCCUUCUUCUGCGCCAACGUCACCUGUCUGCAGUAUUACUGCGAGCACUGCUGGGCCACCAUACACUCCAGGCCGGGUCGUGAGUUUCACAAGCCGCUGGUCAAGGAGGGAGCCGACCGCCCGCGGGCCGUGCCCUUCCGCUGGUGUUAGCUCGCGAGAUAGAGGGGAGACGGUCGGGGAGAUGAUGGGUAGUGCCAGGGGAGUAUGGGGAAAAGAUUUGGGGGAGAGCAAGAAAGGGUUGGAAGAAUGGAGUGUCUCCAUGUUUAUCGUUAUUGAUGAUGUUACGAAUUAAGCAAUAUUGGGAAUUAAAUAGGGAACUAGUUUCAAUUGAAUAGAAAAUAGUGGGUAGCAAUUGUUGGUGAGUAGGAAAUUAUACAUCACAGCUUAUGUUUAGGAGGGGAAGCGGCGAGCACUUAGUGGAAUGGAUUGGUUGGGAGAGAGAUUGGAUUGGAUAACCCCUGGCACAAAAUAUGUAACUUAAUAGAAAAAAUACACCGUCUCCCCCUAAGAGUUGAAUUGAAUUUUUGAGGAAAAUUUGAUUCGAAACUAGCAACACUGGCUUUGGAUGCGAGAAUUGGAGAAAAAAUGUUAGCGUUUCUCCUCGAAACGUAGAAUACAAUACUUGGUGCGUUUAUAUUCACGGUACGACGUUUUGUGACAUUUUUUUUUUAAAUCGGUAUUUUGACAGUUCACUUUCUAGAAUAAUAAAAAACCACGGCUUUUAGUACCUGCGUGAAAAUGUUACGAAAUGCCUGUACCGCUGUAUCGCCUCCGGAUAUGACGUAAUGAUAUCGAUUGUUGUAAAAUUAAAAAAAAUAAUAAAAAUAAUAAUAAUAAUAACAGGCAACAUUAUCCAAUUAAUGUUAAGCGAAAUAUAUAGAAUUCAAGUACAAUUCGCUUGUUGGAUUUCUUGUUGGACACGUUGAAAUUUGUAACUGUGUUGCCAUUUUUUGUAAAACUACCAAAAUGGUAUGUUUCGUGUGAUGAGAAAUUUAAUAAGGACUUCGAUUUAAGUAAAAUGUGUAUUCAAAAAAAAAAAAAACUUAGCUAGUUGUCAGUUUGUCGUUUGUGGAUAAGCUCUGUAACGUCUUGGUGGCGCAUCUCGACAAAAUUGUCGGACCUCUGUCGCGGGGUUUUGUCGCGGGUGUGUACGCUCAUUUAUCGUAAGAUAUUAACGUAAGACAUAAGUGGAUUCACAUUUUUUUCGAAAAAAAAAAAAGAUAAUUGUACCUGUGUAGCUAGAGUGAAUUUCCCGUUUUUCCCGUUAUUUUUGUUUUAUUAUAUUUAACUUGGAUAUUGUUGCGGUAUUUGAUUGAUUUAUCAAAUCGUUUAUUGAAUAUUGAUUUAGAGUCAUGGAUCGUUCGAUUAUUGAUUUUGUUUUCGAACGAUUAUAAUAUAAAGAUCGAAAGAUUAUGGAAUCGUUCGAAUCGUGUUUGCGAGUUUGAAGAGGAUUUUGUUAUAGCUUUGUUGCUGAUUAAUUUGAAAAUGGUUUUGUUCCUGAACUAGACGACUUACUACCCGGGAGGCGGUAUAGACUGGGUUUUUAGUACAAAGUUUAAAACGAAAAAAAAAACAAAACAAAACGUUACCGUUCUUGGCUGUAGGCUCCAUGCGAGUUGACUCUUUAUAUUUUUUUAGUAUUAAAAUAUAUAAUAUAUAUAUAAAUAUAUAUAUAUAUAUAUAUAUAUUUUGGAUCCGCCGGGGUAGUGCAAUAGUUGUUAGAAUAGUAGUUACCUAUUAAGAUUAUAUAAUAACCAAGAGUCUAGUGUAAAUAUUAUUGAUGAAACGCCAUCAAAGGAAACGUCUCGAAACGCGGCGUGUCGAUAAUGCGUGCGUUUAUCAACGAAAAGCAACGUGUGGGGGUAAUUUGUAAUUUUUACGAUCGAUUUUUACUAAAGCCCCCAUUGCGUCGAUGGUGGAUCGAUUUUUGAAAUUGGAAUGUUUAUGAUUGAUAUACGGUGACGUCAGCGAUGAAGCUUGGGUAUGUACUUAAUUCCCCUUCGGAUACAGACGUCGUAUCCCGACCGACCACGGACUCUGAGACUGUAGUUAAAAGACUAGCGCGAAUUUUUUGAUGAGUUUAUUAAAUGAUUUUUGUAGACGGUUUUUUCGUGUCGUGUAUUUUUCGGUGGAUGUUGAGGCGAAGUGCCUUCGUGCGGCGCAUGGUUGAACGUGUAACCGACCCCUCCCGUGAUCGAUUUGAUUGCUCGAUUAUAUAAUUUCGAUCGUAUUUGUAUAUGUAUCCGACCGAUCUUUGACUCGGUUUAUUUUUGAUUGGUUAUCGUUUUUUGUGACCCCGAUUGAUCGAUGUAUAUUUUUUAAACCGCUUUGACGUUUGCGUGUUGAAGCGAACGGUCUUAACUUGUAAUUAAGUAGACAAAUUGUAAUUAAUAGAGCAUUUUAGUGGAAAUUAUUUGCCAUAGACGAGCGUCGCGACACUACCGGUUCACGUGUUAUGAUUACUAUGAAAUUCAACCGUAUAACACUAUUACGUAGACAAAUUAAUAUUAUAUAUAUAUAUAUUAUUAUUAUAUUUUUUCUUAGAAUUAGAUAUAUUUGAAAAAAAUCGUGAUUUCGGUCUAGUGUCGUGAUGCGAUUUCAAAGUUUAAAAAUGCACACACGUGCGAUAGCUCUAGUGUAAUGAUAAAUAAAUAAAAAAUAGUUUCAGAUUAGCGUAUCGCGGUUUCCUCUUUAAAUAUAUACUUAGAAGAAUUAGGUGAUUUUUGAUACACGCUCUGUACGCCCCCGAGAUGUUUCUUCUCGCUCACUCUCUCUCUAUCUCUAUCUAUCUCUCUCACGGCACUCGAAAUCCGCUAGCCCUCUCAUGCUUGUAUACUUUACACAUUAUUGCCGUUCCGGUUGCAUUUUGUCAAAUUUCUGUUAGAUUUCGUUUGGUGACAACAUUAUUUUUUUUUGUCGUUUCGGUUCGUCGUCGGCUCGAUGUGUGUGCAUUUUCGAUUGUUUGGCGAUUCUUUUGUAUGUGAUUGCUCAAUAUUUUUUAAUGAAAAGUAUAGUGUUGUUUAAACGUGUGCCCCCUAGCCCCCCCCCUCCUUAGUGAAGAUUGGUACGGAAGCGUGGUUGUUGUGUGGUCGCACUGUCCCAUUUUGUAUUUUUGUAUUUUUAUAAAAAACGACUAUUAAUGUGGAAAUUCGGAAGUGUUUUUUACUUUACGCGCAACGUAGAUAGUUAACCGGGCGGCCGUUGUGACCUCUGCACGGGGCUGGCAUAGGACCUGGUUGCUAAAAUAAUUGGUGUUAGAAAAAAUAAACCCGUCGGUUUUGUGUUGUUUGGGAUAUGUGGUCUGUUGCGAAUGGUUAGUUUUUGCACUAUACCUUAAAGCUUGUCGAAAAUGGCGGCAAUGGCCGUCAUCUUAGGGCCUUUCUACAUUGUGAUGCCAGCGACGAAAUGAUGCAGUGCUUGCACUAUGUGGCCGUUAUUAUGGCGUUUGCAUGUUUUGAUCGCUAGACUAAAGUUGUGGCGUCUGAAUGUAGCUUAGAUCGUGUGUGUAGGGAAGGUUUUAGAACGAUUUGAUGGUUCGGAUUUGAAGUUUCCGACUUCUACCAACCUUUUCGAUUGAACUUAUUGUUGAUGCUUUUUGCUUGAUUAUAAUUUUAUUUUAUUUUUUUGUUUGCGGACCGACCCGCGCUCGUUUUGAUUGUCGUUUAAUUUUUACACCCGGAUUUGCCUAGUUUUAGUUUGGAGUAUAUUUAGUUUGAAGCCGCGGGUCGUUUUGAGUUUUAAAAGGGUUUUCAGUUCGUUAGUUUUUGGGUUGUUUAAUUUGAUUUCUUGUUUAUGGUCGAUUCGGCCGUUUGUUCUUGUUGUGACGUUGUCUGUUUUUCUAUUGAUAGUAGCUAUUUGAAUGCUAAUUUUUUCGUUUUUAGAUAGUAAUUUUAUUGCAUAUCACAUGAGGUUCACCGUACGGGGGGCAUCGAGGUGUUUUUGUCUUACAUUUUUGACACUAUUUUGAGAUCUUAGCUAACUUUGUAUAAUUGUUGUUGUUGACAAGUCGAGGUUUCGUAAUAGCCCCCUCUCCCCCUCCCGUCGUCGCGCUCCCCGUGUGAUGUAUCGCUGACUCGUGCGCACGGCGGGUGCGGUCGACAAUGUCCCUUGAUGAUCGAAGUGAUGUUUUUAUGCCGUCGGUAACGGACCGUGGUUAGUAAUUUUUUUUUGUCAUUUUACGCCCGAGGACGCGGCGUACUAUGUAAAUUUCGUCGUAAUAUUAGAUAUUUUAGUGAAAUUAUAAAACAAUAUCGUGUGAUAGAUGAAUUACAGUAGAGCAAUUCAUUAUUACCUUAUCUAGUUGAUUAAUAUUAUAAUAAACAGAUUUAGUACCUCUCCCUUCGCGUUACAGAACGACGAUAUAUAUCUCGUGCACGUGACGUGACGUGUCGUGACGUGUCGUAUCGUGUCGUGUCGUAUCGUAUCGUGUCGUGUCUGCCGUUUGCGUCUCGAUCUAUUUUUUUGUUUUUGUAUUUUAGUGACGGUUCUCUAUAAAGAUGUUUAUUACAUUACAGGCCGGGAUGGUGCAUAAAAUGAUAUUUUUUUAAUAAAUUUUUAUAAAUAAAAAACCGACUCCUUAAACGUGAACCAUAGACAAAUUUUAUGAUAAUUUUUCAGCCUAAUUUUUAAUUAAAUAUUCAUAAAUGUUAUAUUUAAAAUUUUAGUGGAAUUUAUAUUAAAAUGUGUACGGUGACGUCACGGUUUUACACGAUUCUAUGGAAUCAUUAAAUCUUGACUAGUAUAAUGUAACGUUGGACCCAGACCUGCGUCCAUCCCAGUGAGUUUGGGAAUUGACUUGCGCUGUAUCGCCUGGAAGGUCUUCGAAGGUCCUCGUGGUCGACAAUAUUACUCGAUAAAACGCAUUGCGUGUUGCGUAACAUCGCGGCGUCACUGUAAUUAGAUUUGAAAGUGCUUUGUACCGGGAGUCGGCUCACUAUAAUUUCAAAUUAGACUUAUAUAUUUUUAUAGACCGUUAUUUCUAUUGUUAUAUACCUACAAUCAAUUUUGUUGAUGAUGUCACGCUGUGAGUGGCUUUUCGUAUCCAUUAGUGAAAAUGAACUUGUUUUCUUAAAGAAAAAUUUAUGACGCUAUGCCACGGUCACACCUCCGGUCUCGUGUCCGGGAGAUGUGACCGUUGCGUAAUGUGUUGCACGAAAAGUCACAGUUGAAGCUUAGAUAAAUAAUUUUAAAAUGUAUUAUCUUAUCAGUCUAGUUGAUAAAUUGUUUUGCUACUUUUAAUGAAAUUUGUUCCGGAAAUCACUCGGUUCUUUCAACUUUUUUUCAUGUUUAGUUUGCAAUACGAAGUGAAAGAACGGAUUGGUUUUCUCGGCGUCAUUCUCCACGUAUUUGUAUGAAGUUGUUUUUUUUUCGUCUUGAUAUUUUUUACGCGAGAUGAUUUGAGCUUUUUUGUAAAUGAACGCCCCGUUUGUUUGACAUGCGAUUUGAUUUUAGACUAUUGUGAAAACAUUAAAAUGAAUUUGAAACUUUUUUCCUGAGUUUUCAUCUCGUAGUUUGCUUUGUGGGAUAGUGCAAUCGACUGUUUGUCUACACGCGUCACUGGACUCGUUUCAUUUUAGUUUAAUGGCUAAAUAUUAAAUAAAUUCCAUUGCGUUUCUAAUAAUUAUUUUCUUACUUUAUUGGUUCUAUUUCUAUUCUUCAUUUAUUUACACUGACCGUGUUCAGGUUGUUAAAUAUGUAUUAAUACUUUUUACUGUGAGAUUAUCAACGUUACAAGCAACGCUUUUGUAGCAAUGGGUACGUUUCUUGUGAAAACGUUUUCUCAACUGUCAUUUAAAGGUCACACAAUUUUAGCUUUUACGCUACAGCUGUGUGAGAUGAAAUACUGGCUUUUAAUUAAAUAAUGCUGUCUCUUUCUUUCGAAUGUCAAAUCAAUAAUGACAGAGAGAGAGAAAUCAUUUACUAAACAGCUACGUUUUUAGGGCGGAUUGUUUUUUUUUCAAUUGACCCGAGCCGAGUCACGUGAUGGAAUUUAUUGAAAAUUUAGUUUAAUCAUUAAAUUAAUUUGUUAUAAAAUAUGUUGUCACUGACGUUUUAAGUACAUUCUUUGCUAUUUAUAUGUAUUUUUUUUUUCUUUGACCAAAGAAGAAUUUACCAAAAAGACAGCAGGGUCGGUCCCUGCCAUUCCUAAAUCCGGUGAAAAUCGCUCGUAGAUGUAGAUAACCCGCUUGUUUGAAUGUAUUUUUGAAGUAUACCUAUUUAUUUCUUUUUUUACCAUAUUUUUUUUUUGUAUAAUUUUUAUAAUAUCGAUUAAUUAUCGCAUAGUUUAGUGUUGUUAUUUAGCCUUAAUAUUUUUUUCAGUAUUUCAUAGUUUUAAUAAAGUAUUUUUAAAACGCUACUAGUAUAAGCUUCUGCCGAUAAAAUUGCACAUUGGCUGUUAAAUGGUGCGUUUCCACCGAAAUCGGUGGCAAUUUCUGUGUUCGCAAGGCGAUUCUCGAAAGCGUUACCAAUGAUUGUCGGUUACACGCUGUAACUACUUUUCUGAACAACGCAAGAUAAUUCCAGAAACUCGUUACAAGCGUUGCCAACACAAAUGUUGCGAUUAUUUCGAAUGUGGGGACGCAGCUUAAGGAACAUAUUAUUAUGUAUUGUAAUAUAAUAGUGAAAAUUGUAAAAAUAAACGAGUUUUUGUCAAUAAAUUUAAAGAAAUGUAGAUUUGGAAUUUCUAUUGGAGCUUUACAUCAUAUUUAUUGUAUAAUUUGAAAAUUUCUAUGUAAAGUGAGAAUGCAAUACGGUUUUUUAUAUAAUUAUAUUUAUGUGGAAUCUUUGAUGAUUGCAAGUAGCACUGUAGUUUGUUUUUUUUUUCUUAAGAGUGUAUUUUUUUUGUUGUUGUUUGAUUAAAUAGUAUUUUAGAUAUAUGAUUGACUGGAUGGAGAGACUUUGAGUUAUAUGCCUUUGAGUGUUUUUUUUUUCAUUUAACAUUUAAAGUCUACACACAAAAUUCAACUAAAUAAACAGAAAUUAAAAUAAUAAUUAUAAAAUAAAUAAACAAUAACUGAUAAUUCAAUUCCAUUAUAAUGUAGUUUUUUUUUUAAUCUGUUAUUUGUCAACUCUAGGCAAUCUAAUCAAUUUAUCUCCAUCGAGUCGUAGGUAUUAUUUAAAACUAAAACACUUGGAUUUUUAUAUGAAUUUUAUUAUUAUAAUAUGGUAUUUUACUAAAUAUUAGUCCAAUAUUAAAUCUUUA